CUGACACAGAAUCAGGGAUUCAGUGUCAUAGACUACAGAGUAAUUUGUAAAAUAAUUGUGGUGAUCUUUUCUGGACGGUAGCGGUGAUCAUCACUGCAUAAUAUCCUUAUUCAGAUGAUCACUAAGUUAGCGAAUCAGCCCGCAGGUGUUUCACUGUUUGAAAUUUGAAAGAUUUGAACUUUUAAAGCGAGCGCGGUGCAGUUUUUCUUUUGAAAAAGUUAACUAGUUUUUUGAUUAGAGACUUCUGUUGGUUCGGAAAGUAUGUAAAAACAUAAAUAACUUAGUUAUGACUAUAGAAUCGUAUAAUAUUUGUGAGAUGUAGCGUGUGUAGUGGCAUAGUGUUAAUAGUUCAGUAACAAGUUCAAUGCCUCCAACUAGAAAAGUGUCAGCCCGACAAUGCGAACUCUUAGUGAAGUUCGCAGAGACCCAUCGCGACAUUGCGAUGGGUCGAUGUCCUGGAGGGUCUCUGGCGAGCCAGGCUGCGCGCCAGGCCUGGCAAAGCAUUGCCCCCCAGCUGAAUGCUGUUGAGGAAGGGGUUCACAAAACAGCCGCACAGUGGCGAAGAUACUGGAUAGAAAUCAAGGCGAAAGUCAAGAGCAAAGCGGCAGAUUCCCGAAGGAUGGCUCGGCAUACGGGUGAAGGCCCAACUCGGCUGGUACCUCUGACGCCAGCAGAAAAGAAGAUCUUGGCUCUUGUAGGUCCAGUAGCAGUCAAGCAAUUCCGGGGAGUGCCAGCACCCUUUAAAGUUUCAGUUCGAGCAUUAUCCUCUAUGAAGGCAGUAGAAGAGGACAGUUUGUCAAUCGACCUGACACCUGAUAGUGGCAGGCCUAGUGUUGAGACCAUAGACGAGAGGGAUUCAACUGCAGCCUCUCCGGAGGCUCCCAGCCUGCAAGUCAACCCGCUGGAAGAGGACCAGGACAGCCAACCGGAGGACUGGGCUAUUUUGACAGUGGAGGACCAGGCCACUCAGUGGGAAGACAAUGUGGCGUCCCAGUCCAAUCAACUCAGACAAAAUAUUGACCAGGACAUGAAGCUGCCCAGCUGGGCUCAGCAGCUGGAAGCCAGGUGGUUGGCCAUCGAGGAGCGGAAUGCUGCGGCUCUCACAAGGAUCGCUGAGGCGUCAGAGCGGCAAACUGCUACUUUACAACAGCAAACUGCUGCCCUACAACAGCAAACUGCUGCCCUACAACAGCAAACUGCUGCCCUACAACAGCAAACUGCUGCCUUACAACGAGUGGUUGAUGGCUUUACCGUUACCCAAACCGGAAGACUUAUGGGCGACCCUGGGGGAAAUCAGUGAUAGACGUCGACCUCCCUGGUGCAGUGGUGAGCGCUGUGGUCUUAUUAGUGGAAGGCCCUGGGUUUGAUUCCCGGCAAAGGAAAUUUGGAAUUUUAUAAUUUCUUUUCCUCUGAUCUGGUCUGGUGGGUGGCUUCGGCCGUGGCUAGUUACUUGUUUACCUUUAAAGUAAAUUAUGGAAAAAUAGAUAGGUAAAAUAAGUAGUAUUCCUAUUACUUAAUUAGGUAAAAUAAGUAGUUUAUGUACCUACCUAUUACUUAAUUUUAUUAUCGCAGUAUUUUUAAUAAAAACAAAGUUCCUAUGUCAGGAUAGUUAUUGUUAUUUGUUAUGAUUGUUACUAGAUUUUUACAAUGGAAUAAAUACUUUAUUUAA